AUGGGCAACAUCUGCUCCCGCUCUUCCAAUGAGACAGACGCCUUCAGUCAGCCGGGCCGUGUAGUCGGCACCGAUUCAGGGACGAGUGCUGCACCCCGCGCCCCACUUCCAGCCAAGACAAACUGGAAGGCUACACCUGGUCGCACUCUAGGUGAGGGCAAUACAAAUAGCAGUACUGCUGCAGCGGAUGAGGCACGUGCAAAUGCUGCAAUUGCUGCACAGAAACGCGCCGAUAGCGCUUCCGCCAAUAAAGGAAAAUUAGGCUCAAAGUUGGCUGCACAAAAGGCACAGACUCAAGCGCAAACAUUGGAUCAAGUCAGUCGCACAGAAAGGGUUGCGCGAGAUGUAGAUGGGGUCGAGGCUGCAAGGAGAUGGGAAUAG